UUAAAAAACGAAGGAAGCUUCCUUUGGAGAGUGACUCACACAACAAACAAUUGCAAAAUAUAUAUACUCUCAUGCAUUCUAGUGAAAUAUCCAUCACCAUGUUAUCUCCCACAUUUUGUUUUGUGGCUCAUUAAUGUCUUUCUCAGAUUAUAGCUUGAAACUAUGUCUGCUUAUGCGCAUCAAAUGGAGCAGCAGUACGCUGCAGCUAGUCUUUCAGAUGAUUCUGAUACAUCAUCAAGCCAUUAUGGGAUAGAAUCAGGAUUCUACAUGACAUCUCUUACAGCAACAAUAUUUUUUGCUUCACUUGUCACUCUUGGAGUUUUAUUGAUUACUUUGCUGGUUUCGUUGACGAUUAUGCUGCAAUCAUGUCAAAGUAAAAGUACUGGAGUUAUUGAACUUCUGAACAUAAAUGAUUACUACAGUUAUUGCAGCGUGCAUUCUCUGCAUGCUGAGAUCAAUAACUUAGAAGGAUAUGAUCUUCCAAAUAUAUGUAGAGAUCUGGCUAUACAUUAUAUCAAAGGAGGUUAUUAUGCCCGAGACUUGAAUAUAGUUGUGUCUAUGAUUAUUGAUUACUUCAAGAGUAUGAGACCUUCGGACAAUGGUCUGGAUGUGGUGUUGUUGGACAUAGAUGACAUUAUUCAUUCAAAUCCUUAUUCUUCCAAUUUGUAUCAUAGGUUUCAUAAUGACAGCAUUAGCAACUGUAUGAAAGAGGCAAAGAAUGUAAAGCUCAUGUUUGUUUUAAGAUUAUACAUGAACCUUCAAACUGAUGGAUGGUCUAUAAUUUUGCUAUCAAGAGAGUCUGAAAUAAACCAAAAUGUCACCAUUAAUCAUCUUGUUUCUGCAGGAUUUAGAAGUUGGUCUUCCUUGAUGAUGAGAGCAGAAGAUUCAGACUCUACCAAAGGGGAUGAGUACUUUUCUAGGCAAAGAAGUAUGAUACAGAAGAAGGGUUUCCAUAUAAAAAGUAUUAUAAGUAGCCAUUUGGAUGCGUUGAGCGCUCCAGAUACUCGAAUACGAAAUUUUCUGCUUCCAGGCCUUGUAUGUGACAAGUUUGAACAUCAAAUAGAGAGUAUAGAUACUGGACAUUAGUUUCAUGAUUUACAUCCAUCAGGAAGACAUAAUGGCUUUUACUUACUUAGGGUUCUUUUUAUUAGAAACUAGAUCUGUAUUUUGUUAUACUUAUAACAUCAACACUACAUACAAUUCAGUAUGUAAUUGAGGGAUCAGCAUAAUUCUCAAACCUGCUAGAGGUGUCUUUAGAUUUUACCAUGUUGUCACCCAUCUUUCUAAAUCGAUGUGUGAGAUACCAUGUAAUUAAAUAUUUUCUUGUUAGAAAACAAAGUUGUAUGCCAAGAA